UAAGCUGCUGCUGUUCCCCAUCCCAGCCUUUGUUUGGGCUUGCAGUGCUGCCACCACCCUACCAAACUCCUCUUUCUGUUUUCAAUAUAUUUUUUGGAUCAUAAUUAACUCAUCUCUGUUUUCAACAUAAUGAACUCCUCUCUCUUUUCAAUGUAUUUUUUAGAUCAUAAUUAUUCCUCUGCCAAUAAGCUGUGCUUCCAGCCUAUCACCAGAGACUGAACUGCGCAAAUUCCCAGAAGAGACUGGUCUUGCUACUGAAGGCCGCGUCUCUGAACCCAAAAGACGAAGACCUCAUGCUAACAAGGGAAGCAGAGACCAGUCUCUACCACCCCCGCCAAGCAAAUCUGAGGACUUCCACUCUCUGAUGCAGCAGUACAGGCCAAACUUGAGGUAACCCCCCAUUUCCCUCACAGCUAAAGAUCAAGUCCUUUCCUAUCUUUCCCCAGGAUCUUGAAGCCCUCCUGAAGUAGUAGUCACCAAGGUUCACAUGGGUGAUCGCACUUGAUCUCACAAGAUUGCAAGCAUCUCAGCCUUUCAUGAACUGUUCUUGGCCUGUGUCCUCUUUGACUAGUGCAAUUUUGUGUUUGUGCUGCUCCUUCCCCUGUGAUCUGAGCUAGAUUUGGAUGCUAGGAAGAAGCGAGUUGUCAGCUCCCUGGUUCUUGAGAUGACUUGUGGUUGGUCUCAGAUCAAGGAAGGAGAUGGUUGCCACACCCUACAAAUCCAUUAGAGCUCCUUGGCUCCUCCCUCAACCCAAGGUUGAUGAUGGGGUUCUCCAUCACCAGCCAGUCUUCUCAAUUUGAUGCCUUUCUGAAGGAUUCACUUCCAUGGCCGUCAUCCCAACCCCCACCCCCACCCGCAUCACCUUCACCGGGCAGUAGGAUUAGCCCCGCAGUCCUGUUCAUCAUAGUCAUCCUUGCGGUGGUCUUCUUCAUUUCCGGCCUCCUCCACCUCUUGGUUAGAUUCCUCAUCAAAAAGCACCCUUUUUCCACCACCUCAUCCCAUCCGGAGCGGCCACAGGCCGGCGAGCUCGCCGGCUCCGACGCGCUCCAGCGCCAGCUCCAGCAGCUGUUCCACCUCCACGACUCGGGCCUCGAUCAGGCCUUCAUCGACGCGCUGCCCGUCUUCCUCUACAAGGAGAUCGUCGGCUCCAAGGAGCCAUUCGAUUGCGCGGUCUGCCUGUGUGAGUUCGCCCAAGAAGACCAGCUUCGGCUUCUGCCGGUGUGCGGCCACGCUUUCCACAUCAACUGCAUCGACACAUGGCUCCUCUCCAAUUCCACCUGUCCGCUGUGCCGGGGGGCGCUCUUUGUGCCGGGCUUCACGAUCGAGAAUCCGGUCUUCGACUUCGACGACCCGAGAGAAGAGGAUGGAUUCCCUAUGGAGCAGGAGGCAGAAGGUGAUGAAAUGGUCACCGAGAAGAGGGUGUUCUCAGUGAGGCUUGGCAAAUACAAGAACUUGUGCACCAGAGGAGCUGGGAAUGAUGGUGGAAGUGGCAUUGCUGAUGGUGCUGUGAGAAUGGAGGAAGGAGAAACUAGCAGCAACAACUUGGAUGCAAGGAGGUGCUUCUCCAUGGGCUCUUAUCAGUACGUUCUUGCUGAUUCCAGUCUCCAAGUUACUCUCCCCAGUGGUCGUAUCAAGAAUGGUGAUGCAAAGGGAGGCAGGGGAAGGCGAAUCAACGAGCAGUCUGCAAGCACUGAGGUUAUGGAGGGGAAGAAACUGGGAAUUGGGAGCAGAGGUGAGAGCUUCUCUGUGUCAAAGAUCUGGCAGUGGUCUAACAAGAAGGGAAAAUUCCCAGUGUCAUCAGGUAUUACUUCUCCUGAUGGGGACUUGUCAUGGAUUAGAAGAAAUGUUGGGGAUACACGAAUGUGAUGUUACUACAAUGCCUUGUAUGUUGUUCUUCAUCUGUGAUGGCUGAUUCGAUUCACAAUUCUCUUUUGUUUUGCUUACCUUUCAUCUCAUCUGAUACUUGUUUUCCCAAUGUGGUUUCAGCAAUCCUCAAGAAAAAAUGAUAAUUUUAGCAGCUAGUUGAUGAAUCUUAGAUGGUUAUGAGUAGAUUAACAUAGUGAAACUUGCUACUUUUCAAUCCUUUUUGGAGCUGGCAAUGAAUCUUAGUGGUAAUAUGUUGUGACAA